AUUUGACACGAAAUAUAAAAAUAUUCUGUGUUAUACAAGUGUUUUUUAUUUGUUGAAAUAUUAUUUUAUUAUGGUUAUCUAAAUAGUUUCUAAAUUUAUUUUAAUGUUUUCUAAUAUACUAUUUUUAAUUAUUCGAUUACGCUAUACUUGAUACCACCAUCAUAUACGAUAAUGAAGACACUUAAUGCGAGAUUCACAUGAUAUGAAAUAGUGGUUUCCGAUUCUUCGUGCACGUGUACAUUUGAGAUGCUACCAUCCUUUACCAUCCUUUAUCCAUCCACGUUCAGAAUAUACAAUAUGGAUCGCACACAUAUGGACCACUCGAAUAUGCAUAUGGACCACAAAAUGAACCACGGUGACGACCAUAUGGGGCAUCACCUUAUGAAUCUUACACAUUCGAAUACUAAUUUAUAUAAUGACAGUGCAGAUAUAAGUCCUAUGUCCCACCACCAGUCUGAUGUCGUCAGUCAAAGUAGCCACGAAAACCAUGGAAGUGUCUCACAUUCUAUGAUGUCUAUGACAUUCCAUGGCGGUUAUAUCGAAACUAUUCUAUUCUCGUGGUGGAAUGUUGAGGAGGUAGGAGAAUUUGUUGGAUCCUUUUUUGCAAUAUUUAUCAUGGCGUUGCUAUACGAAGGACUCAAGUAUUAUAGAAAACAUUUGCUAUGGAAAAGUUAUACAGGAUUACAGUAUUGUGCAGUAUCACCCCCAGAUAAGGGAGUAGCAAAUAUAUGUGCUGCUGACGAACCACAAGUAAUACAGCCUAUGCCGCAUGUACUGGAGAGAAAUGUACCUACUAUGCUGAGUAAGGCACACGCGUGGCAGACUGUACUCCAUGGCAUACAAGUUUUAGUCAGCUACAUGCUGAUGUUAGUGUUCAUGACAUACAACACUUGGUUAUGUGCAGCUGUAGUGCUUGGUUCGGCGACUGGAUAUUUCUUUUUUGGUUGGCGUGAGUCAGUAGUAGUAGAUUUUACAGAACACUGUCACUGAUAUAGGCCUAUCAUUAGAAAUCGAACUAAUAAUCAAAAGAUAAACCUUGCUCAAAAUGGGUUACAAAUGUUACGGUGUUAAUAUUAUCAUGUUAUAAGUGAACAGCGGUUAUUUAAGUACUUCCAGGCAGAUAUGUUUAUACCAGUUAUAUACUUGUUAGGAUAAUAUACAUAU